UUCUGUGACUUCAUCCUUCUCUUGUGCUUUACCAAAACUAUAUCAAAAUAUUAGCACACCAUGAAAGCACCAACUAUCUUAAAGAGCUUUCUCUUUCGACCAAGGGCUCCCGCGAUGGUAGUUCCUUUGCCGCAAAAAACCCGAUUUGACCGAAAACUUACGGCCGGACUUGGCGUCCACGGUUGUGAUAUGGAGUUGGUUCAAUUACUUGAUGCUGCCGUCACCACCCAAAAAAUUGUAUUGGAUUCUCUAGCUAAAAUUUCUUAUAGUGAUGGUUAUGAUCAUGGAGAUGUUGAUAAGUACCUAGAAGACAACGUUGAGUUUCUUGAUGUAUGCAAUUACUUUGUUGAAAAAAUCGAGAACAUUUAUAAUUAUCUAGACAAAUUGAAAGUUGUAGUACAUUUAGUUGAUAAUAAUUGUAGUCCAUUGAAGCCUAAUAAUGUUGCAACAACACGUGCAAUGGAACUUUUGAAUUCAUCAUCAUGUAAAAUUGUAGAAAAGAGAUCAAGCAAUGGUUUGAAAAAAUUGUUAAGGCAAAAGCUAUGUCAUGAUGAAACCGAAAUGAGUGAGAUUAUGUGUGGUUCUAAGGCUAUGACAUUGAUGUGCUUAAGGUUUCUGGAACUUGGUUUGUCAUUUGAUUUGAAAAGUUUAAUGUUACCAAAAAUGAAAAUACUUUCUCAGCCUACAAGUUCUUCAUGGUUGAGAUUGUUGCAAGAGUUGACAAAAGAAGCAGAAGCAAGUGUUGAUGGGAAGAAGUUGCAGGAGACAGUGGAUGCAGCUAGAGAAUUGAAGGAACAGAUGAAGAGGGAAAAGGAGAUGAAAUGUUGUGUUGAGAGAUUGAAGAGAAGAUGCAAGGAAUUGGAGGAUGUGGUUGAGGUUAUUGAGGAAAGAGUAAAAGAUUUGUAUAAAUGUUUAAUUGAUGUUAGGAUGACCCUUUUGGGAAUUCUUUCCCAGCACUGAAUUAAUUAGAUCUUAUGAAUAGAAAUUUAGAAUAGCUAGCUUGGAAGCUUGG